GGACGGGCUGGAGACGUUUCUGGAAGCACUAGCACUAUGGCUGCCCAAGGAGAGACCCAAGUCCAGUUCAAACUGGUGCUGGUUUUUGACGGUGGCACUGGGAAGAUGAUAUUUGUGGAGCGUCACCUGACGGGGGAGUUUGAGAAGAAGUAUGUAGCCACCUUGGGUGUGGAAGUCCACCUGCUCAUGUUCCACACCAACAGGAGACCCAUCAAGUUCAACGUGUGGGACACGGCCGGCCAGAAGAAGUUCAGCGGACUGCGGGAAGGCUACUACAUCCAAGCCCAGUGUGCCACUAUAGUGUUCAAUGUCACGUCAAGGGUUACUUACAAGAAUGUGCCUAACUGGCAUGGAGAUCUGGUACGAGUGUGUGAGAAUAUCCCCACUGUGCUGUAUGGCAACAAAGUAGACAUUAAGGACAGGAAACUUAAGGCAAAAUCUAUUGUCUUCCACCAAAAGAAGAAUCUUCAGUACUAUGACAUUUCUGCCAAAAGUAACUACAACUUUGAAAAGCCCUUCCUGUGGCUUGCUAGAAAACUAAUUGGAGAUCCUAACUUGGAGUUCGUCGCCAUGUCUGCUCUCGCCCCACCAGAGGGUGUCAUGGACCCAGCUUUGGCAGCACAGUAUGAGCACGGUCUAGAGGUUGCUCAGACAACUGCUCUCCCGGAUGAGAAUGAUGACCUGUGAGAACGUGCAGC